AUGCAUCUCAGCACUGCUGUCGGCAGCCUCCUGCUUGGUACCGCCUUUGGGACACCGGCAUCACGAAAUGCUGCGAACCACGUCACGGAGAGAGGACUAGUCGGGGGUCUCGUGGGAGGGUUGGUCGGAGGUUUGGAGGCCUUUGUGAGCAAUGUCGAAGAUCUCUUGGAAGGGGUCACAAAUGCGACCGGGAUCCUCAAUAUCUUGGAAAACAUUGAACCAAAGGGAACGCCCACAAAUGUUGUCCAAGUGUCGAGCACUCUGCAAGCCAUCUACAGCACGACAUCGACAAGUUUCUGGGUCGACGUUGGCGUCCAGAUUGAGGCUGGCUUGGUGCCCGACAGCAUCAUUCAGACCGUGCCGGGCCUGGACACUGGGGCGAAUAGCGAGGUCAAUGACAACAUAAAAGAACCAGAGUCUUCAAUAUACCCGCAAAAGGACAAGAGCGAUGCGGCAUAUUCUUUGAGCGAGGAACAGCUUCGCCAAGUCAUUCAUAUACCCGAGGACUUCACAUAUGGCAGCAAGCCACCUACAAUAUUCGUCCCUGGCACCGGUUCGUACGGCGGGAACACAUUUGGACCCAAUCUUCGAAAACUCCUGACUGGCGUCGAUUACGCCGAUCCGGUCUGGCUCAAUAUUCCCGGAGCCAUGUUGAACGAUACUCAAGCUAAUGCCGAGUACAUUGCAUAUGCCAUCAAUUACAUUUCUGGCAUCAGUCAGAACAGCAAUGUUAGUAUCAUCAGCUGGUCACAAGGUGGUCUAGACACGCAGUGGGCAUUUACGUUUUGGCCAUCCACUCGAUCGGUUGUCUCUGACUUCCUUCCAGUGUCUCCCGAUUUCCAUGGUACUAUCAAUGCCUAUCUCCUCUGUCUAAAUACAGAUGAUACCCCGGGCUUGAACCCCUGUGCUCCGGCCGUGCUCCAGCAAGAUUAUGAUUCAGACUAUGUAUCUACGCUGCGAGCCAGCGGCGGCGCGAGCGCAUAUGUGCCGACCACCACCUUUUAUUCCUCCUUGAUCGACGAGAUCGUUCAACCGCAGCAGGGCACCGGUGCUUCGGCCUAUCUCCUCGAUGACCGCGACGUUGGGGUAUCCAACAAUGACCUCCAAGACGUUUGCGCCGGCCAUCUCGGAGGGACAUUCUAUGGACACGCGGGCGCCCUGUACAGUCCCCUCACGUACGCGCUUAUUGUCGACGCCCUCACUCAUGACGGUCCGGGCGAUGUCUCCAGGCUGGACAGCAUUGCGGACGUAUGUGCCCCAUACUCUGCCCCCGGUCUCGACCUGGUGGAUGUGCUGGAAACGGCGGGACUUAUUGUUACUGCUGCCCUCCAGAUCCUCGCGUAUCCCGAAAAGGUCACAGUGGAACCUCCAUUGAUGAGCUACGCAGAUUGA